AUGUCCAUCCUCCAGUCCGCCGACCCGGCCGUGCUGCGCUCGAAGCUGAGCGAGAUCAUCGCCGGCGCCGACGCCGCCGCGCGCGAGGAGGCGUCGCGCGGGCGCAUCGAGCUCAAGCGCGGCUACUGCACCAUCCCGCUGCCCGGCAUCGACGUGCCCUUCCACUCGCGCGUCCUCGGCGGCGGCGUGCCCGAGUUCCACGCCUUCCUCAGCAAGCGCAUCGGCGACAUCAACCCCGACAUCCUCGUCGGCAAGUACAUCCCCAACCUCGUCGCCAAGCCGUUCGAGCUCACCAAGUCCUAUGCCGAGCUCAUCUUCGCGACGACGGACUCGCCGCGCCUCGGCAAGAUGCUGCAGAACUGGGAGGCCGACGGCUGGGGCACGCCCGAGAAGCGCCAGCGCCUCGCCAAGGAGCUGCUGCUGCUGCUGCUCAGCCACCAGUUCGCCAGUCCCGUGCGCUGGAUCGAGACGCAGGACGUCUUCUUCAACGCGCCGUACUCCUUCGAGCGCUUCAUCGAGUUCGGCCCUUCGCCGACGCUCAAGGGCAUGGCGCAGAAGACUGCCGCGCUGAAGUACGCCGCGCGUGACCAGGCCAAGGGCAAGCGCCGCGCCAUGUUCUGCCACUCGGGCGACAAGGACAAGAUCUACUACAACUUCGCCGACGCCGAGGCUGCCGCUGUCGAGACCACGCCUGCUGGCCCGUCGUCGGCCGCCGCUCCGGCGCCCGCUGCUGCGGCACCCGCGCCGGCUGCUGCCGCUCCGGCACCGGCCGCUGCUCCUUCGGGCGGCGCCGCGGCUGCCGACGUGCCCGACGAGCCGCUCAAGGCCGUCGACACGCUGCGCGUCAUCCUCGCGCAGAAGCUCAAGAAGCCGCUGGCCGAGGUGCCGCUGAGCAAGGCCAUCAAGGACCUCGUCGGUGGCAAGUCGACGCUGCAGAACGAGCUCAUCGCCUCGCUCUCCGAGGAGUUUGCCAACCUGCCCGAGCGCGGCGAGGAGAUGCCGCUCGAGGAGCUCGGCGCCACGCUCGCCGCCGGCUACAGCGGCGCACCCGGCAAGUACACGUCGGCGCUCGUCGCCCGCAUGGUCGGCGGCAAGAUGCCCGGCGGCUUCAACCUCGCCACCGCCAAGGCGCACCUCAACCGCACCUGGGGCCUCGGCCCCGGCCGCACCGACGCCGUGCUGCUCGUCGCGCUCACGCAGGAGCCGGCGAAGCGUCUCGGCGCCGAGGGCGACGCCAAGGCGUUCCUCGACACGGCCGCGCAGCAGUACGCGCAGAACGCCGGCAUCACGCUCAGCUCCGGCGGCGGCGGUGGCGGCGGUGGCGGCGGCGGCGGCGGCUCGACGAUCAGCGCCGAGGAGCUCGAGAAGCUGCAGGGCCGCCACGACGAGCACGCGCGCCGCCAGAUCCAGAUCCUCGAGCGCUACAUCGGCGUCGACGGGCGCGCGGGCGCGCGCCUGGCCGAGAGCACCAAGGCCGAGCUGGCUGCGGCGCAGGGCCAGCUGGACGCCAUCUCGCGCGAGCACGGCGAGACGUACAUCAACAUGAUCAUGCCGCGCUUCGACGCCCUCAAGGCGCGCCACUUUGCCUCGUACUGGAACUGGUCGCGCCAGGACGCGCAGCACCUGUGGUACGACAUUCUCUCGGGCCGCCUCACGACCGUCGACCGCGAGAUCACGCAGCGCUGCCUCACGAUCCUCGCGCGCGCCGACGCGACGCUCAUCGAGCUCAUGGCGUACACGAUUGCCAAGGUCGACCCGACGCAGGGCCCGACGUACGCGCUCGCCAAGGAGUUCGGCCAGAUGCUGCUCGAGAACUGCCGCGAGGCGCUCUCGCACCCGCCGACGUACAAGGAGGUCUACGCGCCCACCGCGCCCCACACGCAGAUCACGGCCAAGGGCGACAUUGUGUACGAAGAGGUGAAGCGCGAGGGCGUGCGCAAGCUCGAGGCGUACGUCGCCGAGAUGGCCGCCGGCACGCGCGUCGGCCCGCAGGUCAACGUCGAGGCGGCGCGCGAGCAGAUGGCCAAGCUGUGGACGCUCAUCCGCAACGAGCCCUCGUUCAGCAAGGUCGGCAAGAACACGAUCAAGUCGAUGUACACCGAGGUCGUGCGCUCGCUCGGCCCGACGCGCCAGCUCGGCGCCGGCCCGCGCUCCGGCCCGCGCCACCGCCGCCAGUCGUCGCAGGCCGGCCCGCGCCCCGUCGUGCUGCCCGAGCCGGCGGCGCUGCCCGAGAACCGCGAGCCGUUCCUCAACUUCAAGCGCAAGGUCGGCGGCGAGUGGCAGACGAGCACGCAGCUCACCGGCGUGUACAUGACGCUGCUCGAGGACAUGGCCAAGAACGGCGUGACCUUCCAGGGCCAGAACGCGCUGCUCACCGGCGUCGGCAAGGGCUCGAUUGCGCUGGAGGUCGCAAAGGGCCUGCUCGCCGGCGGUGCGCGCGUCGUCAUCACGACGUCGUCGUACUCGCGCGCCACGCUCGACUUCUACAAGACGAUCUUCCAGAACGUCGGCGCGCGCGGCGCCACGCUCACCGUCGUGCCCUUCAACGGCGCGUCGAAGGAGGACGUGCAGAACCUCGUCACGUACAUCUACGAGACGCUGCGCAUGGACCUCGACAUCCUCAUUCCCUUUGCCGCCAUCAGCGUCGUCGGCAAGCAGAUCGACGACAUCGACGACCGCGCCGAGGUGGCGUUCCGCGCGAUGCUCACCAACGUCGUGCGCCUCCUCGGCGCCGUCAAGGCCGUCAAGGCGGCCAAGCACAUCGUCAGCCGCCCGACGGUCGUGCUGCUGCCGCUGUCGCCCAACCACGGUGUCUUUGGAAAGUGA